AUGGCAUUACAAAUUGAACUUGACCAGCAAAAUCAAGUAAUUGAUGCGAAUCAACGAUUUAUGGACGAAGUAACAGCUUCUCGAGCUGUGAGACAGCACAAAAUUCAAGAGCUCAAUCGACGCUUAGAGAACCUGGAACAAUGUAAAAUCUGUUACGAAAAUUAUGAUGAUACAGACCAUCAACAACUUGCAGUAAAUCCCUGUGGCCAUUUUAUGUGCAAAAAAUGCUGCAAUAUCAUGAUUACAAAGCCGAUUCCAAAGUGCUGGUGCCAGGAGAAAAUGUCCCGACUCAUGCGGGUCUACGCUUAA